CACUUAUGGCUUUCCUUUCACGCCACUCUCUUUGACUCUCUCACUCGCUUCCCCCUUGCGCCGAUCGUCUUCUCCACCGUCAAAGCAUUCCCCUCUCUCCGGGCGUUUCAGUUGUGCACACCAGAUGUCUGUUGAUCUGUGCAAGAAGAACCCAUCUUUUCUCUGGUGCGACUGUGGUUAUAUGAGCAGGGGGAGGUUGUGGUGCUUUCAGAUCAUCUUGUUCAGGCACUGGACUUAGCCCCUUCUUCUCUCUCUCUCACCUCUCUUUUCUUCUAAAGCUUCUCUGCAAUUUUCUUUUUUGAUUUGAUUACAAAGUAUUCUCGUUUACUACUAAACUUGAAGAAACAGUUCCCAAGUAGUGAAAGUUUUCCCCUUUUGGAUUUUGGAUCUCUCUCCCAAUGGGGAAAACUCAGCUGUCUCCUGGGUUCCGGUUUCACCCCACUGAUGUCGAGCUCGUGAGGUAUUACUUGAAGAGGAAAGUGUUGGGGAAAAAGCUCCUCGUUGAUGCUAUUGCUGAGGUCGACAUCUACAAGUUCGAACCUUCUGAUUUACCUGAUAAGUCCUUUAUAAAGAGUGGGGAUCUGAAGUGGCACUUCUUCUGCCCUAGGGAGAAGAAAUAUUCGACUGGUGUUAGGGCGAACCGUGCGACUGCCUGUGGUUACUGGAAGACCACAGGGAAGGAGAGAGAGGUUUUGUGUAAUGGUGAAGUUGCGGGGAAGAUUAAGACUCUGGUUUAUCAUUUUGGCAAGUCGCCUCGUGGGAAGCGGACUGAUUGGGUUAUGCAUGAGUACAGGCUUGAAGACAAGGUGCUCACACAGAAGAAUGUUCCUCAGGAUACUUAUGUGCUGUGUGUUCUGUUCAAGAAAGAUGGACCGGGACCUAGAAAUGGAGCUCAGUACGGAGCUCCGUUUAAGGAUGAGGACUGGAGCGAUGAGGAUGUUCCUGCUACCAACGGUCCGACAAUCCUUCACGGAGAAACCAGUCUUGUUGCGGCAUCGUCCUCGCGUGAUCCUACUAAGGAUUGUUUUGGUGGGAUGGUAUCUGAAUCGUGCGUCUCUGAGUUCGUACCAGCUACUAGCGAUCUUCCGCAGCUGAAUGGUGCGGCUAACACUCCUAUGUCUGCUGCACCACUUCUUGAUUCCAACAGCACCGCCUCUCUGGCACCACCGACCCUUGAAGCUCCCACCAACAACUAUGAUGACUUAUAUUCAAUGCUGGAUCUAUUUGUUGACGACGAUGAGUUCUUGCGUUUCUCUGAGCCCAGCAACAAUGAGAUAGGACAUGAUCCCAAUGUCUAUGCUCCAAUCUGCUUAGGAGAAGGAGAAGACAUAUUCAGCGAACUACCAGACUUCAGCAAUAUGCAGCACAACAGCAUGCAAAGGGCACCCUCUUGCGACCUAAUUGAAAACUCGGAGCUGUACUUGGAGCUACAGGAUCUCACAGCUCCAUGAGGACCACCUCAAAUUGGGAAUGCCAGUGACUCUUAUCUGAGCAAUCAAGACCAGUUUGAUUUCUCCACUGCUGGUAAUGACGAGGAUCCUUAUAGCUUUUCUGCGUCCAUGGGACAAGGACCAGACAUGUGAAAAAGAGGUUUGAAACCAAGAAUCCUCUUCUGCCAAUUCGGCUCUCACCUUGUCUGAAAUGCUCAUUUGAGAGGAGACCAUUGAACCAUGAGAAUGAGCACCCUUGUAUAUAUUUUUCUAAAACUCUUCUUUUAGUUCUUACUUUCAUCAUCUCUUUUGUCUCGCAAAACCUCCAUUAUCAGCAGUCUCUAGUACUUCUUUGGAUUCUCAUGUUUCUAAAAUGAUGACUUGGAUUUUGCAGUGGUUGGUUUACCCA